AUGAGCAGUCAAUCCGAACACAAUGCAUCAAAGGAGCAUGCCUCCGAUGAUCUCGAGAUGAAUAUAAUCCCGAGCCGACACCUCGCCAACGAUAUCGUCGAUAGCUUCGCCUGGAGCAACCUCGAAGUCGUCGUCAAAGACCGAGCCACCAAGAAGCCGCUUUCCAUCCUGUCGAGCGCCGCUGGCAUCGUCAAAGCAGGAGACAUGCUUGCGAUUAUGGGCCCGAGCGGAUCCGGUAAAACCACCUUGCUGAACGCCCUCGCCCAUCGCGUUGCUGCUGCCGGAGCGACCACGACCGGAGACAUACUUGGUAACGGGCAGAAGAUGGGGCUCCAGAUGACACGCGACCUCUCUACAUACGUUGAGCAGGAGGAUGCAUUGAUUGGUAGUCUCACGGUACGGGAGACGAUGAUCUUCGCGGCCAGGCUGGCUCUCCCCAGCAACGUCAGCAAGAAAGAAACCUUCCGCCGCGUGGAUGAUCUCAUCGCCAGCUUUGGCUUACAGUCUCAGGCUCAUACAAUCGUCGGCACCCCGAUCAAAAAAGGCUUGAGUGGAGGUCAGAAGAAGAGACUCGGUGUUGCCAGCCGGCUUGUCACCAACCCAAAAAUCCUGUUCCUCGACGAGCCGACUAGCGGUCUUGACUCGGCUCUCAGCCUCGAAGUUAUCACUUACAUCAAGGAGAUUGGCAAGAAAAAUAAUCUGGUCAUAGUAGCUUCCAUCCAUCAACCUUCUUCAUCGACAUUCCAGCAAUUCGACCAGCUCUGCCUACUAUCAGGAGGGAAGACUUGCUACUUUGGCCCAGUGUGCGAAGCGCCGGGCUAUUUCGCCCGAGCUGGUUACCCUAUGCCAUCCCAGACCAACGCUGCCGAGUUCUACCUAGACCUAAUCAACACCGACUUGGAUAAGAAUGGCGAAGUUGUCCGCCGUACCGAAGACAUCACCCGGCACUGGUUGGAGUCAAGCGAGCGCGACAACCUCGAUGCAGCCAUUGAAGAUGCGAGAAAUUCUACUUCGGUUGAUCUAUCUCAGCAGAAGAUGGUAAAGCCCAGCCCAUUGAAAAUUCCCCUCAUUCUCCUCCACCGCUCUUGGAUCAAGUCGUACCGCGACGUCGUCGUCUACGGUAUCCGCGUCGCCAUGUACCUCGGCCUAGCCAUCCUCAUGGGAACUGUCUUCCUGAGGCUCAAAACGGAUCAGAAUUAUAUCCAGCCUUUCAUUAAUGCCAUUUUCUUUGGCGGAGCCUUCAUGUCGUUCAUGGCAGUCGCCUACGUUCCCGCCUUCCUGGAAGACCUGCACACGUUUUACCAAGAACGCGCAAAUGGCCUUGUCGGCCCGCUUUCCUUUUUAGUAUCUAAUUUCAUCAUCGGCCUUCCAUUCCUCUUCCUCAUUACCGUCGUCUUCUCACUCUUGGUUUAUUUCCUUUCGAACUUUCGCCCAGAUGGAAGUGCCUUCUUUAAGUUCGUUUUGUGGCUAUUCCUCGAUCUCAUUGCAGCCGAGUCGUUGGUCGUUCUCGUCUCUAGCAUUUUCCCAGUUUUUGUCGUGGCACUGGCCAUCACGGCUUUCGCGAAUGGACUUUGGAUGUGCGUGGACGGGUUCCUCGUGCCGAUGAGCAUUCUCAAUGCGUUCUGGAAGUACGUCUUCCACUACAUCGACUAUCAGGCCUACGUGUUCCAGGGCAUGAUGGUCAACGAGUUUGAAUCCCGAGAAUAUACUUGCACGAAGUCACCCGACGGAUACCAGUGCAUGUACUACAGCGACCUGAACUCGGUGGGGAAGAUCCGCGGCGAGGCUGUUUUGGAGAACUUUAGUAUUAAGACGGGACAGGAGGGGACUUGGGUUGGAAUCAUCAUUGGCAUUAUUGCUGGGUACAGACUUUUGGCCUACUUGGCCCUGCUUUUGCGAAAGUAG